UUUGCUUUGUUUUACUUUAUAUUUGAGGGCAAUUUUCCAGUACAAGCCCCCGGGGGCUUAUAUUUGGAGGGGCGAUUUAACGGAGGGUUUUUUGCGUUACCGGUUUGGGGGGCUUAUAUUUGGAGGGGCUUAUACAUGGAGGGGCUUAUUUUCGGAAUUUUACGGUAUCUGUUUGGAGAAGCACAAGUUGCCUAAAAUUUUCUAUUACUUGAAGAUGGCUAAAAAUUUCUAGAUGUCGACCGUCCCAUUCAUGUACAAUUUUCGAGGCUUAUCUAAUAAAUUGCCAACGAUUUUCUAAAGUUUAAUUUUUCUCAUUUCACUCCACAGGUUAUUAUAUUUUUCGUAGAAAAAAGGCAACCUAAACUUUUCGGAUUCAAAAAUGUGAUGGAGAAAGGAAUUAGUAAAAUUCUUACUUUCUUAAUAAGUUAAAUUGCAUCUAAAAGUUUCGGGAAAAUAAUACCGAAGCCCUUGUAAUUUCCAGAAGACUCAAGUUCACCUAGGAUGACCGAACAUAUACACAUUUCAUAGAGCCGCUUAGAAUGUAUUUCUAGAGAUCUUAAAGUACUCUGGAUAGUCUAAAAAGUGUUUUGUAUUUAGGAGGAAACCGUCGUUGGGUGCCCCUGUUAUACUUUCUGUGUUAAUUUUAAGUCGGUAGUUAAGCUGUUGAAAGAUAUAGCGAAGUAGCCACUGGCAAUAAAACGGAUUACUGUAUACUGAACGGGCAAAACAACCUCGGAUUAGCAGACCUAGAUAAAGGAGACCGUCCUGUCAUAUUUUCACUGCCACUGAAUAUAUGUUAUUUUCCUUUGUCAUAGUUAAUACCAUAAACUCUCGUUCAUAAGCUCUGGGCUUAUACAUCUUUGUAAGGGGUUUUAAGAGGGCUCAGAAACGGAGGGGCUUCACUUCAUUUUGCGGGAUACGGCAUUAUGCUAGGAUUUAAAGUGUUGGCGGCGCUGAAUGAGAAGAAGUCAGUGAGAAGGUGCUCCUAUGUCAAGUGACAGGGAUAAUCGAAGGAUUUUUUGGGGUUUGAAAUUUUCAUUUCCGGGAUUUUUUUUGGGUUGGAAAAUUUGGCAAGUAUUUUUUUGGGUGGCUUGAUUUAAUUAAAUGAUAACUUCAGAUGGUAUGAUGAAGAAACAAACACAAACAUUCAAUUUCGAAUGUUUUUUUAGGUCCAGUGAUUGUCUUGGGUUUUGUUGGAAGCCCUAGGGAAUUUUCUGGGUUUUGAUUUUUGCCCACAUUCGAUCAUCCCCGUCACUUGAAAUCCUCCUGGGCCUUCACCGGCCGCCACACAGAUACUCUCAUGUCUUGGAACUUGUUUUGUCAUGAAAGGUUUAAAUGAUUUCAGAUAUUAUAACUGGUCCAGCUUUGGUGUAUGAAUCUAACACUCCAUGGUGAACAGAAUUCUAGAUUCUUUAACUACUUGUAGACAUCCUAUCGGACAUCAUGGAGAAAUUAUCCAACUCCAUUAUAAGGUGAGGGCGAGUUGAUUAGUUAGUUGGUAUCAAGCUUUGGCUAUUUAAAAAUGGACACUAUCGUAUAAUAAAAACCACUCACGCCAAUAAAGGCGAAACUACAGCAACAAGCCAUCGAAAGCCAGGUGUAGUCCUGGAUGCGAUGAUGCUUGUGAGCGAGGACAGUAGCUUUUGCUCAUUAACAGUGGCUUCGGCUCAGGGCGUACCUCUCUCCUUACGCCCUGCUUUGGCUCAUCUGAAGUACGACGUUUGACCAUAUGGGGAAAAUGUAUAAUUAUUUUAUGGCAAAGAAGAAGAGAACUGGGGAAGAUUGGGGAGAAAAGUACCUUUCUCUCUCCAAUCCUUGCUCCUCUUCUGUUUUUACUGGCUUUGUCAUACCAUUUGAUCGCCACUGUCUGAUUAUAAAGCCAGGGGCCGACCACUGUUCAUUCUGCUAUUUUUCUUUUCUUGCGACACAGGUAAUGAGGUUAUUCAUUCUGUUGUUUCACUUUUGUUGUACCACAGGCCGGUUAUUCACCAUACCGUAUCUCUAGAGGAUGUUUGUGACACUAUACAGACUCAGCUCUCUCAGCACAAAGUUGGCAAGGUUGUAGUUAGGAUGUGAAUCAAUUUAAAAAGAAUUACUUGUUACUGGGUGUGGUCAAGCAAAUGUUGUUUUCAUUAGAAUCGCGUCUUAGUAUUAGAGGAAAGUGGAUCGCGAUCAGUAGCUGUUUGUUGCUUACAAAUGCUGGGAUGUGACCGCCAUGUAGAGAAGCAAUUUAAAUCAAAAUAAUUUCUUUCUCAUCUCACUCUCUUAACGUUGGCCGUGAGCCAUAUACAGAUCUCACUGGUGUCUGGGAAUAGGGUACGAGGUUCCUUCGUUCCCCUCUCCCUCCCCCGUCAUUCAUUUUUUUUGCUCUUGUCCCAGCUUUCUAGACGAACCUUGCGCGGAAACGCUCGCUACGCAGGCUAGGCACGAGGUCAUACAAGAA